UUACCUUGCUGGAUUCCAGAUCAGUUCAGGGAGAACUGGGGUGGAUAGCAAGUCCCCUGGAAGGAGGGUGGGAAGAAGUAAGCAUUAUGGAUGAGAAGAACACUCCGAUCCGCACCUAUCAAGUCUGCAAUGUGAUGGAGCCCAGUCAGAAUAAUUGGUUACGAACUGAUUGGAUUCCCCGUGAGGGGGCUCAAAGAGUAUAUAUUGAAAUCAAGUUCACGCUAAGAGACUGCAACAGCCUGCCAGGUGUCAUGGGAACUUGCAAAGAGACUUUCAACCUUUAUUACUAUGAAUCAAACAAUGAUAAGGAGCGUUUUAUUCGAGAGAGCCAGUUUGCCAAGAUUGACACCAUUGCUGCUGAUGAGAGCUUCACCCAGGUGGACAUUGGUGACAGGAUCAUGAAGCUGAAUACAGAGAUACGGGAUGUGGGACCUCUCAGCAAGAAAGGGUUUUACUUGGCUUUUCAGGACGUCGGUGCCUGCAUUGCUUUGGUGUCUGUUCGUGUCUUCUAUAAGAAGUGCCCAUUGACAGUUCGAAACCUGGCACAGUUUCCAGACACCAUUACCGGGGCUGAUACAUCCUCUCUGGUGGAGGUUCGUGGCUCCUGCGUCAACAACUCGGAAGAGAAGGAUGUGCCAAAAAUGUACUGUGGGGCAGAUGGUGAAUGGCUGGUGCCCAUUGGCAACUGUCUGUGCAAUGCUGGCUAUGAAGAACGUAAUGGUGAAUGCCAAGCUUGCAAAAUCGGAUACUACAAGGCUCUCUCGACAGAUGUUGCGUGUGCCAAAUGCCCGCCUCACAGCUACUCCAUCUGGGAAGGCUCUACCUCCUGCACCUGCGAUCGGGGCUUUUUCCGAGCUGAAAAUGAUGCUGCCUCCAUGCCCUGCACUCGCCCUCCGUCUGCUCCCCAGAACCUGAUUUCCAAUGUCAAUGAGACAUCGGUGAACUUGGAGUGGAGCCCCCCCCAGAACAAAGGUGGUCGGGAAGACAUCUCCUACAAUGUGGUAUGCAAGCGGUGUGGUGCCGGCGACCUCAGCCGCUGCCGGUCCUGUGGCAGUGGUGUGCACUUCAGCCCCCAGCAGAACGGCUUGAAAACCACCAAAGUCUCCAUUACUGACCUCCUGGCACACACUAACUACACCUUUGAAGUCUGGGCGAUGAAUGGCGUGUCCAAGCAAAAUCCCAGCCAGGACCAAGCUGUGUCAGUCACUGUGACAACUAACCAAGCGGCUCCGUCCCCAAUUGCUUUGAUCCAGGCUAAAGAGAUAACAAGGCACAGCGUUGCCUUGGCUUGGCUGGAACCUGACAGGCCAAAUGGAGUCAUCCUUGAGUAUGAAGUCAAAUACUAUGAAAAGGACCAAAAUGAGCGCAGCUAUCGCAUUGUGAAGACAGCCUCCAGGAAUACUGACAUCAAAGGCUUGAACCCUCUGACUUCAUACGUAUUUCACGUGCGGGCCAGGACAGCAGCAGGAUAUGGAGACUUCAGUGGACCGUUUGAGUUCACAACUAACACAGUUCCUUCCCCCAUCAUUGGCGAUGGUACCAAUCCCACAGUGCUUCUUGUUUCAGUGGCUGGCAGUGUUGUUCUUGUGGUCAUUCUCAUUGCAGCCUUUGUCAUCAGCAGGAGGCGCAGUAAGUACAGUAAGGCUAAGCAAGAAGCAGAUGAGGAGAAACAUUUGAACCAAGGUGUUAGAACAUAUGUGGAUCCUUUUACAUAUGAGGAUCCAAACCAAGCUGUGAGGGAAUUUGCCAAAGAAAUUGAUGCCUCCUGCAUAAAGAUUGAAAAAGUUAUUGGUGUGGGGGAAUUUGGUGAAGUAUGCAGUGGACGUCUCAAAGUACCAGGAAAAAGAGAGAUCUGUGUUGCUAUCAAGACUCUAAAAGCUGGUUACACUGAUAAACAAAGGAGAGACUUCCUGAGCGAGGCCAGCAUCAUGGGACAAUUUGACCACCCCAAUAUCAUCCACUUGGAAGGUGUAGUUACUAAAUGUAAACCAGUAAUGAUCAUAACUGAGUACAUGGAGAAUGGCUCCUUGGAUGCCUUCCUCAGGAAGAAUGAUGGCAGAUUUACAGUCAUCCAGUUGGUGGGGAUGCUUCGUGGCAUUGGCUCAGGAAUGAAGUAUCUGUCUGACAUGAGCUAUGUGCAUCGGGAUUUAGCUGCUCGAAACAUACUGGUCAACAGCAACUUGGUCUGCAAAGUGUCUGACUUCGGCAUGUCCCGUGUCCUGGAAGAUGACCCUGAAGCAGCUUAUACCACACGGGGUGGCAAGAUCCCUAUCAGGUGGACUGCACCAGAGGCAAUUGCCUACCGUAAAUUUACAUCGGCUAGUGAUGUGUGGAGCUAUGGCAUCGUCAUGUGGGAAGUGAUGUCCUACGGAGAAAGACCUUACUGGGAUAUGUCCAAUCAAGAUGUUAUUAAAGCCAUUGAAGAAGGGUAUCGGCUGCCACCCCCGAUGGACUGCCCCAUUGCUCUCCAUCAGCUGAUGUUAGACUGCUGGCAGAAGGAACGCAGUGACAGGCCUAAAUUUGGACAGAUCGUCAACAUGCUGGACAAACUCAUCCGCAACCCCAACAGCCUGAAGAGGACAGGCAGCGAGAGCUCCAGACCUAGCACAGCCCUGCUGGAUCCCAGCUCCCCUGAGUUCUCGNUGGUGUGUUCUGUCGGUCACGGCCCCAAAGCCAUUAAAAUGGAGCGAUACAAGGAUAACUUCACAGCUGCUGGCUAUACCACCCUAGAGGCUGUGGUGCAUAUGAACCAGGAUGACCUGGCAAGGAUCGGGAUCACUGCCAUCGCGCACCAGAACAAGAUCUUGAGCAGCGUUCAAGCAAUGCGCACCCAAAUGCAACAGAUGCACGGCAGGAUGGUUCCCGUCUGAGCCUGUACUGAAUAAACUCAAAACUCUUGAAAUUAGUUUACCUCAUCCAUGCACUUUAAUUGAAGAACUGCACUUUUUUUACUUCGUCUCCUCGCCCGUCGAAAUAAAGGUCUGCAGCGUUGCUUGAUGUACAGAUUGCGGAAACCGAGCGUGUGUGUUGGGAGGGGGGCCUCCAGAAAUGACAAGCCGUCAUUUUAAACCAGACCUGGAACAAAUUGUUUCUUGGAACAUACUUCUCUGUUGAUCAACGAUAUGUAAAAUACAUGUAUCUAUAUAAAUAUAAAGUCACAGUCAAGUUUUGAUGCUAUGUUUGCUGCCAGAUACUGUGCUUAAAAAACAAAAACAAAAUUACUUUCCUUCUCCCUGUGACCUGUAGGAUUACAACCAUAGUGUUUUAUUUGUGGGUGAAACCACCGUUGUGCAUCUUUCACUGGAAUGAAGAAUCUGCCCUAGGAUAUUUUUUGCAGACUUGAUGCAUCACUAAUACCUUGCAGAAACCUCAGUGAGAAUAUCAUUUGGCUAAUCAGUGCCUGUUGAUUAGUGAUCUACCCAUUUACGGGCUUGAGACAUGAAAUGACCCACCUCGUGGAUUACUGGGCAAAACUGGACUUCUGGGGAGAUUAUUGGCUGUUGUGCCGUGCUGAAUCCUACCACUUAAAGACAUUUUGUGAACAUCUUGCUAGUAGUCAGCUGUGACAAUCGUGGCUGUGGAGCUUUCAGACUUCUUUUCUCUUUCAAGAAAUGAUUCUCUUUGCCACACGGAGAAGGGAAAUUAGAUUUUGCUUUCACGGCCUCAUAGCCCGUCCUAUUGAUCCUAUUGACCACGGAGGAACAUAGACUAGACAUGAAGCCUUCUGGAUCCA